CUCGCUCCCCCAGCCUCCCUCCGCGUACCUCAAUGGCGUUGCGGCCCAUACGCGUAGCGGAGUAGCUCUUCCUUCUCGAAGCCGUAGAAGCAGCAGCAGCAGCAGCAGCAGCAGCAGCGGUCCCCGUGCGCCUGUGUGCCGGCAAACUGUGGCGGCGCGCGGUUCGUGCUCGUGCGUGCGUUGCGCGUCCGCGCUCGCGCGCGCGUGUGUGUGCGGUUCGUGCGCUCGCCGGUGGAUGGACCUGGUGGACUCGACGAGGACGGCUCAAUGCCUCGGCCGUGAUGGCUAGCGGGCGGGCGGAGUUGGCGGCGGCGCUGCUAUACUGUACUACGACGACGACGACGCGAUGUGCCUCGCCUGUCAAGUAGUAGUAGCCGCUGCUGCCGGCGCGAGUGACUUCUCGGACGGCCAGCGUCGCCGGUUGAUCCUCAUCCGAGCGACGGAUAUGAGGCUGCCGCCGCUCGUUAUUUCCGUUGGCGUCGCUUCUUCUUCUUCAUCGGCUUCCUCUCGCUCUUGCGUUUCUCGCUGCUCAUCGUCUCGUUUCAGAGAAGCCCUGCGGCGCAGCCGACCGCGGCGGAGCGCAGGGUCGGCGGGAGGCGGCGGCGGCGGCGACGAAGGAGGCGGAGGAGGCCCGCGGCGCGGCGGCGGCAGCAGGAGGAGGAGAGGAGGCCGCUGCUGCUGAGGAGGAAGAGGAGGACGACGAGGACGGGGAAGGGGUGCCAUGGGCAACAAGCUGAGCUGCUCGUGCGCGCCGCUCGUCCGCAAGGGCUACCGCUACGAGGACACGCCCUGGCAGAACACGCGCCGCAGGGACGGGCACCUGCUGCGGCUGUGGGCCGAGGUGUUCCACGUGAGCGGCCAGGGCGGCGCCGUGAAGUGGCAGCAGGUGUCAGAGGACCUGGUGCCCGUCAACAUCACCUGCGUCCAGGACUCUCCCGACUGCGUCUUCCACAUCACCGCUUACAACUCGCAGGUCGACAAAAUACUCGACGUCAGGCUCGUGCAGCCCGGCACCCGGCUUGGUCAGGCGUCCGAGUGCUUUGUCUACUGGAAGGAUUCGCACACGGGUGACACAUGGGGUCUCAACUUCACCUCACCUCUGGACGCCAAGCAGUUCCGAGAAUGUUGCUCCCCCGCCUUCAAGUUUUGUCGAAAGGCGUCUUCAUCCUAUUCGCUCAAGUUAGAACCACCAAAGCAGAAAUCCAAGAACAGCAAGCGCAAGCCCCAGUCUACGCCCAGCUCGCCAUCACGGGGCCGCGCCGAGCUGCAGUGCACCUGCAUGACGGCCGAGAACUUGCACCGGGCGCGAAACGGACGCGUCCGCUACACGGGCGGCGCGGCCACCCUGCCCCGCGCACAGCAACUGUCCACCAGGCAAGGGCUAGAGCACACCCGGUCAGGCACGAGCAGCAGCCAGGCCUCGGCGCGGGCCACCGCCCGGGCCCAGGCCGUGGCCGCGGCUCUCACUGCGUCCUCGAAGCAGCAGCAACAGCAGCAGCAGGAUGCGGCCUCAAGCACCACCACGGCCGCGAGUGUUCACGGAUCAGCGACGACGUCCAGGGCCACCGCGAGCGGCUCCGCGCACCGCCGCAGAGGCGCCGCCGCCGCCGCCGCCUCGGGUUCUCGGAGCGGCGGCGGUGGCGAGUCGAACCGCUUGCGGGACCAGUACGCGUCGCGCAAGGAGCAGGCCAAGAGCGUCGACUACAGCCCGUCCAGCCCGCAGCUGCAGGCGUCCAGCCGCUCCAAGAGCUCGGACAACGUGUUCGAGGAGUCGUCGGGCGGCGCGCGCGGAGACCUGGCCGCGCUCAGCUUAGACUCCAACACGCUCAAGCGCAUGCUCGACCCGCUGCCGCCCUCCUCUUCCUCCUCGCCCGACCAGCAGCAGCCGCCGCCGGCACAGCAGCAGCACAUGCACCAGCAGCACCGGCGGUCGGUCCCUUCGGUGCAGCAUGGCUCGACGGCGCCGCGACUCCGCGACCGCGAACACCGCUCCGAGUCGGGAAGGAGGCGGAGCCUGGAGCGGAGCGUGGGCCUGGACCUGGCCGACGGGUCGCCGCCGUCGGACCACUUCCUGUACGACAACCUGUGCUACGCCACCACGCCGCCCAGCUCGAGCAACGACACCAGCUCGGACGAAGGGGGCAGGGAGGCCGCCCGCCGUCGCCUCGGCCUCGCCACCCCCCGGAGGCAGGCGUCGCACGAGGAGUCGCCCACGAGCAAGCUGCUCAUGGAGUACGAGACGCACCUCAGGAACGCGCUGGCGCGCGGUAUGGACGCAGAGAGCUAUAGUCUACACACGUUCGAGGCGCUGCUCACGCAAAGCAUGGAGAACGUCGCACCCGCCUACCGAAACAGGGAGAACAUGGAAAAAGUGGCCCUGAUGCGUGAAGUUCACGUGGAGCUGGAGGCGAUUCGGAAAGAAGAACAGGCGCUCAAGACUCAUCCCAACCUGCACGGAUUCCGGGGACUGCUUGAACAGCGGCUGGCCGCGUCCUCGGGGAGACCCAGCAGCGCGGGCCCGUCUCUGAGUGCCGGCGGGUCGCUGUCGUCAAGGCGGAGCACGCUGCUGUCGCAGGCCGGCACGGCGUCCUCGCUGAGCGUCGAGAGCAACCACGCCCUCUUUCCGCAGGCGUCGCUGGAGAGCACCGACUCGCGCGUCUACCUCACCUCGUCCGAGAUGUCUGACGACGAGCGGUUGUCGCUGACGACGGCGGUAAGCGACGAGGACGAGACGGGCGAGCCGCGUUCGGGCUCCCGCGCCGCCGGCUCGGGCGGCGGCGCGGCGGCGGCGGCCUCCUUCAACUGCACGGGCGCCGUGCGCAAGGCCGGAUUCCUCAGCGUCAAGAAGUGGCUACUGCGCAGGAGACACCAGGUGGAGCUGGCUCGGAAACGUGGCUGGAAAGGCUACUGGGUGUGCCUGAAGGGCACGACACUACUCUUCUACCCGUGUGACAGCCGCGACGGCCGGGCCAUCGACUCGACACCCAAACACCUAAUCAUCGUCGACGGCGCAGUCAUGCAGCCGGUGCCCGAGCACCCCAAGAGGGACUACGUAUUCUGCCUGAGCACGGCGUUCGGCGACGCCUACCUCUUUCAGGCGCCGUGCCAAGUGGAGCUGGAGAACUGGAUCAACAGCAUCCAUUCUGCGUGUGCCGCGGCCUUCGCCAGGCAUCGAGGUCGCACUGGGACGCUACACCUGCUCCAGGAGGAGAUCUUCAGGCUAGAGAAAGAAAUUGAGUCGGACGCGAAGCUGAAGCACAUGGCCGAGCUGCAGCUGACCGUUGUGGUGGACCAGGAGUCCCGGCAGACUCUGUCGGACCAAAUCGGCCAGUGGGAGGAGAACCUGGAGAGGCUACACUGCGAGCAGUUCCGUCUGCGCUGCUACAUGGCCUCGCUACAGGUCUCCGAGCUCCCUAACCCAAAGAACCUGCUGACGCACGUGUCCAAGGCGACCAAGGCGACGCUGAACAAGCUAGGCGUGUUCACCGUCUCCUCGUUCCACGCGUACAUCUGCGCGCGCAGCCCAUCGCUGCUCACAAACCUGCUCUCGGGCCGGGGCGCCACCAAGCGGAGGUCGCGCGCUGCACUUUCCAGGUCCAACAGCUCCAAAAGACUUCUAAGCAUGCCUUCGUCGUCACUACAAAGCAGCCUAGACCUACCUGCCUUAGGGGAAAAAAGCGUCAAGAUCAACCUGCCAGAUAAUCAAGCCGUUAUAGUGGGAGUUCGGGACAACAUGACCGUCGAAGAAGUGCUCUGGGUGGCCUGCAGCCGAAGGCAGUUGUCGCCCAACGACCACUUCCUGCGCUUCCGUAGGAGGAAAGACACGGACGACUGCUACGUGGCGGCGCGAAUGGAGAUUUUUGACAACUUGUGCUUCGAGAGUCUAGAGGUCUGCGCCAAGGUGCUAUACCAAGUGGGGCUUUCCCGGAGUUCCCUGGACCAAUUGUUCGGUUUCAGCGUCGAAGCGGAGUUGGUUGAGAACACCGAUCACCAGGACGAGCUCUGUGUGUACGUCAGUAGGGUGGAGGAAGGUAGUCUGGCCCAUCAGCAGGGGCUCAUGAAGGGCGACGAGAUCAUGGUGAUCAACGGGGCCAUCGUGAGCGACCUGGACAUGAUGUACAUCGAGUGCGUGCUGCAGGAGGAGCUCUCGCUCUGCAUGAUGAUGCGCUCGUCGCGCACCGAGCCGCCGGACUUGGCGAGCGCCAUGCGCACCACGGACGACUACAUCGAAUCCCUGGUCUGCCCGCCGCCGCCCAGCGACAGCGUGCUCAGCGACGAGAUGAUCGGAAAGCUCAUCGUGCCCUCGCCCAUCUGGGGCUCCCAAGAGCGAUCUCCGGACACAUCGGGCCGGCCCACGCCGUCGCCGGUGCCGCCGCAGGACCAGUCCGGCCUCUCUUGCGAUCAGAUAGAAAGCUUGCUCAAGGUCAUCGAGGACUCUUGUAAAAAGACCGCCGAGCAGGUGACCGAGUACUGCCGCGUGCCCGUGGAGCGGAGGCGGUCCAGCUUGGCCGGCGGGCUGCCUGCGGUUGCGGCGGCGGCGGCCGCGGCAGCGCAACAACCCGUGUCGGCGCAGCCACCGCAUGUGUCGGCGGCGGCCGGCGCGGUGCCCGGAGCCGCCUCGGUCGGCCAGGCGAGCAAGCAUAUGUCUGACGUGGAGAGGCUCCGCAAGGUCAUCCUCGAGCUGGUCGACACUGAGAGGACCUACGUCAAGCACCUGAACAACCUGCUGGAGCACUACCUGGAGCCCAUGAAGAAAGAGACACUGCUGUCCAACGCCGAGAUCAGCGCACUGUUCGGCAACAUCCAGGAGAUCGUGCAGUUCCAGAGGCAGUUCCUCCAGAGCCUCGAAGAAGCCAUCGCCACAGAGCCGGACUUCCAUCGGCUGGAGCACCCGAGCCAAUUUAAGAACGUGUUAUUUGCCCUGGGCAACUCCUUCCUAUACUACGCCGAUCAAUUCAAGCUUUAUAGUUCCUUCUGCGCCAGUCACUCCAAAGCUCAAAAGGUCUUGCACCCGAGCGAAGGCAACACGGCCCUCUCGGACUUCCUUCAAACGAGGAAUCCCAAGGGGCAGCACAGCUUCUCCCUCGAGUCGUACCUCAUCAAGCCCAUCCAGCGGAUUCUCAAGUACCCGCUGCUGCUUCAGCAGCUCAAGCACCUCACGGACCCAGUCACCGAGGAACACCACCACCUCGCAGAAGCCCUCAAGGGAAUGGAAAGGGUGGCCGAACACAUAAACGAAAUGCAGAGGAUCCACGAGGAAUACGGAGCCAUCUUCGAUCACUUGUACCGGCAGCACGUCAAAUCCUCAAAGCAGCAUGUGGACUUGAGCCCUGGGGAGCUGUUGUACUAUGGCGGCGUGGAGUGGCUCAACAUCUCCGAGUUUUUGGGCAAGAUCAAGAAGGGACUGGAGUUGCAUGCCAUGUGCUUUGUGUUCAAGACGGCCGUGGUCUUCCUCUGCAAGGAGCGCAUCAGGCAGAAAAAGAAACUCAUGGGAGGUUCGAGCAAGAACAACGCAGCCGAGGUGGAGAUUAUCCGGUACCAGGUACUAAUUCCUGUGACCGAGGUCCAGGUUCGAGCCAGUAGCCAAAAGGAUGCGGACUCGCACUAUCUAUGGGAGCUGGUGCACCUGAAGUCGCAAAUUCAACGUCGGUCAGAGAAAGUGUACCAGCUGUCUAACAGCACGAGCGAGUUCCGGAACGCCUUCCUGCGCACCAUCCGGCAGAUCAUCCGCGAGUCGGUGCGCAACAUGACGGUGCCGGCGACCAAGCCGGCCGUGCGCGAGAAGCCCGGCACCCUGCGCCGGCUGGGCGGCAACGAGGGCUCGAGCGCCGCCUCGGCGGCGGGUCCCUCCACGUCGUCCAUGUCGCGCACGCUGAGCGGCAAGAAGCGCAACAAGUCGUCCCAGCGCCACUCGGCGGGCGACGCCAUCGAGACGUACGACAACGUGCCCUCGGACCCGCGGCUGCCGGGACCCAGCUUCCGGGGCACGCGCAGCCGCACCGUGACCGACUCGAUGAACGGCAUGAGCGCGUCGGCGCGGGAGCUGGCGGCCGCCGCCUCCGAGGAGGACUCCGAGCGCUCGGACCGCUCGGACCGCUCCGAGCCCAAGGCGCCCACGAGCCUGAGCAGCGCCUCGUCCCUGUCGUCGUCGGGCGCCACGGCGCGGCUGAUCCAGUCGAGCCAGCCGCCCAGCUCGUACCAGCCGCCGGCUGAGCAGGCCGGCUCGCCCGUGUGGAAGCCCAGGGCCUCGUCGGCCGACCGCGCGGGGCCGUCGGGACUGAACAGGCCCGACGUCAAGGAGCAGUUCUUUGUGUACGAAGACUACGGCGGCGCCGCCGUCUACCAGCAGCGGAGCCAAGCGCAGCAGCAGCAGCAACAGCAGACCCCUUCAUCUUCCAAGCAGUCCGAGUGCUGACUGGUGCCAAAGUAUAGCGCCGCCCACCGCCGCCGGGUCUGUGGCUCCUGAGCCGGGGGAGGGGGGCGGCUUUUGUACAUACGCAAGCUAAACACUAGUAGGGAAACCGGCGCUCAAAGCUCAACUUUUCACCACUCGCACGCGGGCCAAGUGGCUGGGGACCCGAGGCGCCAAAGCAACCCCCGGUUGAUCUCUCGCGCCGUCGGCGGACAAAGGCGCGUCUCCUCUCUUUUCCCGGAUCAGAGUACCUGACUUUUACAUCGGGGGCGAGGGAUAACGCUUUCGUACACCCACAAGAGCAAACCGCGAAGCAGCGCCAGCAAAAAAACGGCACUCACGCUGCAAGUAGCGCAAGGAACGAUGCUGGCGGCUCCAUGCAAGCUGCUCGCGUUUCCAGAGCAUCCGCUGCGGAACGUUGCUGCAACGUUCUCCUCCUCAAGAAGCCGGCUCCGUGUCAACGCAUCAAACGUGCUUUUCCCCCCUCUCUCUCUCGCUUGGUCUGUCCUCGCCAUGCACUUGUUUUUUUCUUCCAUCCUCGUUUGCUUGCGCCUCUGCGCACCGUUGCGCCAAGCGCUCAGCCGAUGAGCUUCUCUUUUGCGGCCACUGCUCCGUUUUUCCUGUACAUACUCGUACUUAACAUCCCCUCAAAACGUGUUUAAAAAAGACAACAUCGAAAUGCGCGAUACUUCGGCGACGGAAGAGCUUUCUUUACUCGGCCUCGCGCAGGAUGCCGUUCAUGCAUGCAUGAUUCGCUAAGCCUAUAGAUGGAAUAACGUGCACACUAAAGCUCGCCGUGUCUUCAGACGCUCUCUCAUGAAAUAAACAAAAAAUAAUAUUGCCGCUGUCGCAGUUUUGCCCUUAUUUUGGGGGGUCAAGUAUGCGAACUGUCAGUUUAUCACGGAAGCCAUCUUCGAUCACUGAGUCAUCACGAAAGCCGCACGGCGCGAUUCGGGCAAGGUCAAAGGGGGAAGAAUGAAUGUCAGAUGUAUGAAUGACUCGCAUUUUGUGGCGCAAACGCUUUUCAUAUGUGAGGAGCAGAUGAAUAUCACCGUCUGAGUGGCCGAGGGUGGCUGUCGAGAAUUCUCUGCCAUCUCAUGCGGUCGUUCGCGAUGCGCUGCUACGGGAGUAAAAGGGAGUAAAAAAGAGUGCUAAGGGGAGUAAAAGAUCGGGGAGCACUGCCACGUCAUUGGACGAACCUUCAGGGGUGGUUUUUACGUUAUUGGCUUGUUAUCUACUACGGGGCACGGGCUAUAGUGAUAGAAAAACAAAACUGGUAUUUCGUCUUUGUUGCGGCGUAUUCCGGGCCCAUCUUAGACAUCAAUAAUCACGAUGCUAUAGUUAUGUGAACUUACGCAGGAAUGCAUUGGGCCCGUCGGUAAUUGUUGUCUUUCUACAGGCAUCCACUUUCACCAAUCCACUCGUACGCAUUUCGCUGCUUCGGCAGGAUCCCUGUUGGGUACGGAUUUGAUGAAGGGCACACUUUGAGUGAAUCUUGCAGGCAGUCUUGUCCUUCUUAUUCUGUUACAAUUGUUUCCAGUCCCGAUGAAUUAUUGUCUUCUUUUGCCUUCUGCGAAACCGAAAGCUAUGACCGCGGAGACUGCGCAUUAGUGCAAACAUGUACAAGAGGGGACCAGGACAGCCUCCAGCAGACCCUCCUUGUACUCCCUGUGUUCCCCAUUUUACCGCGGGUCGUCGCACCUCGCCGAUCUCGAUUUUCCACUUACUGCCGGGGGCUGUUCAAAUAGCAGGACAGGGGAGCAUCCCAUAGGAAGGAUUUUUUGAUCGCUGCCCUCCAUUUUGUUCGUGCGACCCAGAUGGCCAUGUGGUUAUUUUCAUUAAUCCUUUCACUCUCUCUCUUUCUCUAGUCUGUUGAGUGGUCGCAAACCUCGUGCAAACGCGGUAUCCUGUGGGCAAUGGCUGAAUGCAAGGGCCAUUCGUAUUUUGUAUGUCACCAUGUGAAUAUGUCGAUUCUAGUCUUUUGCGCCUGCGGGGACGUCGUGGUCGUUGUACGGGACGCGACUCAUCUAUAAUGGCUGCGCCAUUGGCGAUGGUCCGAGAUAAGGUCUGAACACACUCGAGGAGGCAUCGCGAUGUUUCUAUCCACCUGUUCAUUUCGUGGGCAUUCUUUCGGGGCAAGCCAAUGCCGCAGGUUGGGGGCACGCACCCCUGGAUGUAAAAAAAAAAGACAAAACAAAUGGAGCAUAUCAACUGCGAGGCACAUGUGGGUUCCCAUCAUCAUGCGUAAUGUGGCACGCCUGUGUUUGUAUGUGUGGCCCCAGUAUCGUAGCGUGCAGCGGUUGAAGAUGAAAAGCGGCAACCUGCGCAUUGCUGCCUUUUUUUUUUUUUUGCCUUGGACUGAAGGACGCUGCUGACAACGCGUUGCACUGGUUGUCCUGUGCACGAGCUAGAAGGGUGGCAAGGUUGCCUUGAAGAGCCGCGUUCCAUUAUGCGUUCGCGUUGACCUGCAGAGUUUUGCAUUGCUGCCCUUCUCCUUCACCCUCUCUCAACGCUCACGGUUAGCCACGUUCGUGCGACGCAAGCUCCAAGACGUCGCCUGUAGCAAUGCGUGAAGAAGUCACCCCGCCGAAGUUGAAAGCUCCCUGCUCGAGCUCUUCAACGGCAGUCGAGGAAGGGCCAAAAUUACUCGGCAAAGAAAAAAGGCAUUUGUUUUGCAAGUGUCUUGACGUUACUAGUCACUGGUGUGCGGAUAACGCUUAUGUACCAGUCCUGUUAUCCACAUUGUUUCUUUUUUAUUAUUAUUAUUGUUUCAUGUGCAGAAUACAGACCCCCCCUCUCCCCCCACCCAUUUUAUGCGUACCGCAAGUUGGACUGUGGGUGUUUGGAGACGCUGUUUGUACAAUAAUGAACUGGAAUCGACAUAAAUGCAAACAAAGGAUUGCUGGAGAUGUGUAUAAAUAAUGCGAGUUGUGUCGAAACCAUGCUCAAGCCGUUUUUAAGACGAUGUUUCCCCGACGACACAUCCAUGGAUGAAAUAUAGCGUGGCCGGUGAAUUUCAUUACUAUAAAUGCAUGAAUGUCAUCACAUCUUUUCAUGGUACAUCGUUCCCUUGUCUGACACUCAGUUCGACACAAACGGUCUCGGCAUGUCGUACAGAGCACACCGAGAAGAAGACGAAGAAGAAAAUGAAAUGCUAUGGUGAGACUUUUUAUUCCAUAGAUCAAGAGUGUAUUUAAAGAAAGAAAAAAAAAGAUGUGUGUACUUCUAGACCUAUGCUACGCUGUCUUAAAUGAUAUGAAUUUUCCGCUAGUCUUCAUAUAUUGCAUUUGGUGCUGUGUAUAAACGGAACGUCAGUGUUGUUUCCUCUCGUUUUGUGUUCACUUCGGUUCUUUUGUAGAGGUGUGUAACUAUACUAAUAGUGGACAUCACUUCAGUAUACCCAAAGAGCGUUGUUCUUCGUGCCACGUUGACUCGUUAUUUCUUUCGCCAAAGUACUUUGUCUGAUGUGUUGUUGCUCGUAGAUGUUCUAGCCUUGUAGGAAUAAAAGUACAGCCCAUCUGACGGAAAAGUGAACUAAAAGGUCGCUCAGGAGGUUUGGGGGGGAAAAACGCAGGUCUAAAUACACAGGAUAGACACACAAAUAACACACUCACGCACACUACACAGCAGACGUGUACUGAGAGAUUAUGAUAUAUAGUUAUGUAUAUUAUACAAAUCACGAAAUAUCUAGCGAGGAAGAAAAUAGGCCGUGUAGGAAAAUGCGAAGGCUUAACAGCUCGAGAAGCUCACUUCAUUCGAUGUAUUUAUGCGAUAGAACUAGAGACGGCGUCUACAAACUAGCCGGAUUUCGAGGAGGCGAGCAGUGGUGAAGAUGAGCUGAAAUGCUCUCCUGUAGAGUUGGCCGCAACGUUAGCAGAGUGUUUUGGGAAGUCUUGACACCGUGGAGGGUUGGGAGUAUUUUCAAAGUGACUUGGUGUCCUGUACAGGAAUGGUAGUUCGGAGAUGGGGGUGCGGCGAAGAAAAUCAUGAGCUUCUUUUAGAAUGUGGGUCGGUUUCGGCUCAUACGUGUAGCGUCGAUUUCUUUUCUCUCUCUCUCUCUCUCUCUUUCUUAUUUUCUUCUUACCAAUUUCCUUUUUGUUUUUUCUUUUCUGGUAGCGAGCAGUAAAAAAAAAUAUAGCUCUACACUUAUAUUGUACACUUGAACGUGUGAAGAAACAUAUUUGACUGCGUGGCGUGUGCUGCUUUCGUGCGUGUGCCAACGAAUGUGUGUGUGUGUUUGUGUUAUGAGCGAGUUCGAAUGUAUAACUGUAUACAAUUUUUUUUUCGUUUUUGUUUUUCGCUACAUCGUUGUCAGCGUGAGCAACAAAGAUCAACCGCUUCUCCCUUUACUCGGCCCGCGUGUCAUUACUCACGUGUGAGGUGGUCUAUCUUUCGGGGGUGAAGUGUUCCUUUGGGUUUUUGUCGUGGUCUGUAGACCCGGUUUCGAGGGGUAUUAGGUAAGACAAUACUUCAGCCUGUGCUUUUCGCACUCGUGGCCUCUAGGAUUGCGCGUAAUGAGAAUAAAAAAAAAGAAAGACACGGUCAACCACUGUACACAGCUUUGGGUUUGUCUAUGUUGAAUGUUGCGUAUUAUUUAUUACGAUUUGUUGUUUGCAAUGUGUUCUUUGUUACUGUCGCCGUCUCUGGUGAGAUCCUUCGCCUUAUUUAUGUCAUUAUCGUUCGUUUCCCCAUCUACAGAAACGAGCUGUUCCCUUUUCUCUUGCUCUUUCUCAGUGCGCGUCGUGGGCCGUUACGUAACGUAGGUGCAAUAUAUGCUUCAUGAAGCCCCUAUGUGGCGCCGAGUUUUAAGUGAGACAAGCGACGUGGUGUAAAAGAGGAGCGAAACACACACGUCGUCGCUCUGAGAAACGUUGAUUCGUCAAGUUAAUGGUAUUUGCGCAAAAGGCGAACGUUACGUGUAUAUAUGUACUUUAACUGGUGUUCCUGUACAGGUUAAUCUUUUUAUGCUUAUGCCGUUUAGUGUGGACUCCCUACCCCUCCAAGACGCUUUUUCUUACUGCAUAGAAUAUAAUAAUACAAAUAUGCUGAUUGACGUUCGUUUGCCUGGCGCUGUCUCCGCAUUUCUUUUCUUUUUUUCCUCCUCGCGGCUUUGCUGUCGCAUUGUAUUCUUUUGUGUCGACAGCUCGCUUUCUUUUCUCGCUCUUUGGGCGCGACUUCGAUAGAGAGCGUAAAGGCUCGGUAUGCACUCUAAAAACAAAGAGAGUUUUGACAACUCCUCCGUGCUGGUGUAACUGCUUUUCAAUGUUUUUAACUCCCUUUUGCAAGAGUUGCGUGCGCACAUCCAAGAAGAGAACAGCUGUGCUGGUAUGUGAAAUUUCGGAAAGGGAGUCAGUAUGUGACGAACAAUUACUCUCGUAUAACGGAGUUUACAGAACUCCCUUGGUUCUUGGGGAGUAGCGUCGUCUUUCCGUGCAGCCAACAACGCAGAAGUAACUGCCCCCAGCUGGAACCAACUGCAAGUUGGUGGAACCAACUUGCAGGGAGUGGUGAAGACAUACGUGCCAACGCUGUAGCCUGAGGCGUACGUAGAUUGGUUUCUUUCGCUACUUAUCGACGAACAAUAACGGUGCAUAUGGCUGUCCGCAUCGGCAGUAGCAGCAUUCUGCGGCACACUAGCGAGUGCUCCAACCGAGCAGGGAAGCUCGCAUAACAGGGUUUGACAGCAGAUAGACGGAUCAAAUAGAGCAAAAAAAAAAAAAAAAUCACAGACCACACGGCGCUUCGAAGCAUUUUUUUUUUGUUCUUUCCAGUUCUCUUGGAUAUAUUUUACCGAGAGGUGUAUGUAGCGUACUUAGUUGGCAGUGUUUAUUCGAACGUUACUAUAUAUAGGCAAGCUUACUACAUGGUUUUAGAUACUGGUUAUUUACUCAGCAGCGUGAGCGUUUACAAAUGAAUAGCUUACUCUGCUUGUCGCGACAUGCUUCGUUCUUUUACCGAACGAAAGAGCCAGAGCCUAGCUGCGAUAAAUACAAUUCUGUACGAAGGAGGCGGGAUUACAACUCCGGGUUAUCUUGUACACUGCGUGAUCUGACAGAGGCACUAAUGAGAAAGAAAGAACAUUGUGAGAAACAGCGUUCCACUGACUAUUAUGUGUUCUGUGGCAGCCUGCGUAUGCUGUCCUUAAGAUACGGUGCAACGUAACUUUCUUUUAUCUUUUACACUUGCAAUACGUGGUGCAAAUCAAAAUUUCAGGAAGAACAUCUUGUGUUCUUCCUUUGUCCACACAUAGCUGCAUCAACAACUGCGCAGUAUUGUAAGUACGACCUGCAGCAGCCAGUGUCAAUGGCUGCGAAGAUAACGUUAAAUGGAUUCGAUUGUAAACUUUGUACGAAAGCGUGUUCAUUGGCGUUGACUGGAACCUGCGAGCCCUUUUCAGUAUAGCUCACGCAAUUCCUCGCUCGCAUUUCUUUUAGAGACAGGAACCUUUGUUCAUCUGUCGACGGGACGUCGGUUAUGGAACUGUGGACUGUUGCUUGGCUUCGGGCAACGAAUGAUCUGCGUGCUUCUGUUCUUUGGAGCGCAGCCCCUUGCGCAUGAACGUCUGAGCUUUGUUUAGAUCUUUUGCCGCGCCUGUGUUUAUGUGUUAAGUUGGUGUUCAUGAAUGCGGUGAUCGCGAGGACAAAAUGUGCGUGUCACCUCUCGCCGCCGAAACCACCGAGACAAAUUGACGUGGUAACCGCAGUACCACCUACUAUGGCAGGAACACUUUUAGGGUGAUUUCCUUUGACAAUGAGUGAAAUAAAAAGGGAAAUAUUAACCACGCUGG